CUUUCCCCGCUCUCUCGCUAUCUAUUAUCCAGUUCCUCUCACAGUCUGGUUCAGUCUUCCGCACACUCUCUUCUUCCUCAAAUGACCGAACAAUCUUUAAUUAUCUUAUUAAUUUACACUUUCUUAACCCUGGAACGCUUAAAAACCCCAGAUCUAAUGGCUUCUUCUGUAUUUUAAAGUUUCUAUAGUGUUGGUAAUGGAGGUCUGCGAAGCUCGAGCUAGGUCUUUCCUGCUGGGCUCAAGCAGGGGAUUUCGUUCUUCUUUACUCGCCUAUGAAAGGGCCCUGUUACCGUAUAUAUUUCAACCGGUACCAUUACGGAGUGCAUUUAAGAUCAAUGUUCAACUUGGUGUUCAUAAUUUUCUUCUGAAAUCAUCUCCAACAGUAUCUGCAAGGAAAGAUAUAUCCUCGCAAGAGUUUUGCGAGGUGCUUUGGACUGUAGAAGCUGAUUUAGCAGAUGGCCAGAUUUUGUACGUCACUGGGGAUCCUAUUACUUUAGGCUGCUGGGAACCUGUGAUGGCUAUUCGGAUGUUACCGUCUUCCGAGCGCCCCAACUUGUGGAAGACAGAAGUGAAGGUACCAUGUGGGGCUAAUUUCAAAUAUAAUUAUUUCAUAAGAGGAGAUAAAUGGCCUUCCUCUGAUGUAACUUGGAGACCAGGACCUGAAUUUUCUGUUUCCAUACCUCUACCAAGCAAGCAGCAUAACAGGAAAGUUGUGGUGCGGGACUUGUGGAUGGAAGUUCAAAUUGGAAAGAUUCAAGUUCUUUCAUGGGGAUCAUGGAUAGAAGAGACGAAUCUUACUGCAGAUCAAGUUAUACCUAGUCCAAAUGAAGGUAAGCAUCGGAAUUUAAGGAGUCAGAAAAUAGUUAGAGACUCAUCAUUAUCACCUAUUGAAUUUGUUGAGGACGAGCCUUACUCUCUCGGGAGGAAUGAUUUAAAUAUUCUUAGUAAUAACAUUAUAGCUUCCGGAGGAUCUUUGUUUGAAAGAGAUCAGCCUGUUGAGGAACCCUGGCUUCUCCAGUCUGCACUUAGCUUUAAAGAUGAGAUAGACUCUUCUUCUAAAAGACAGUCCAAUGAAGAAGUUUUAAAGCAGCGGGAGCUUCCUAAUAAGAGUUACCAGGGUACAGAAAUUCCCGAGGAUGCGAGUAAAUUAACUAGUUUUGAGGAUUCUGUUUCCACUGUUAUACUGAUUAACUCGUCCAUAUGUACCAUGCAAAGAAUAGCUGUCAUGGAAGAAGGAAAGUUGGUUGAGUUAUUGCUGGAACCUGUUAAGAAUAAUGUUCAUUGCGAUAGUGUGUAUCUUGGCGUAGUCACAAGACUUGUUCCCCAUAUGGGUGGCGCAUUUGUAAAUAUUGGAAUUUCUAGACCAUCUCUUAUGGAUAUCAAACAGAAUAGGGAACCGUUCAUAUUUCCUCCAUUUCGCCGUAAAGGUAAGGAAAAAGAAGUUAAUGGUGCUGUAAUCCACAAGCAUAAGCAGCAUUCAGAUAUCUUCAGUAGUAGCUCACAUGGUGUUGAAGUCACUGAUGAUAUAGAAGGUAUAGAGUUUAAGGAUGAUCCAGAUCAAUUUAGUCAUGAAGAUUUUGAGGAACAUGAAGCUGACGAUGAAUUUGAUGCCAAUGUCAAUGGUAGUAUAGUUGAUUAUGAUGAUGCUGAUGGUGAUGCUGAUUUUGAGGACGACUUCGAUGGAAAUGGUCCCGGUCCAGAAGGCGAAAGCGAAAAUAUUAACGGAGUUCUUCCUGUACUCAGAGGCUCCCAUGCUUCUCAGCAUUCAGAGCAUACGCUCCAUGAUAUAAAAGAUUCUGGAGGUGCACACCAUACUGUGGACAAAUGGAACCGUGUUCGUAAAGGAACUAAAGUGAUUGUGCAAGUUGUAAAAGAAGGGUUAGGAACAAAGGGUCCAGCUCUUACUGCUUAUCCAAAUUUAAGGAGCAGAUUCUGGAUAUUGAUUACUCGGUGUGAAAGAAUUGGUGUCUCAAAGAAAGUUUCAGGAGUUGAGCGUACACGAUUAAGAGUCAUUGCAAAGACUUUACAACCUCCAGGUUUUGGUCUUACAGUAAGAACCGUUGCUGCUGGUCAUUCGUUGGAGGAAUUGCAGAAGGACUUAGAAGGCUUGCUAUCAACCUGGAAAGAUAUAAUGGAGCAUGCAAAAUCUGCAGCUCUUGCUGCAGAUGAAGGUGUUGAAGGGGCAGUUCCUGUAAUUUUGCAUAGAGCAAUGGGCCAAACUCUUUCUGUUGCGCAGGACUAUUUUAAUGAGAAGGUUGACAACAUGGUGGUUGAUUCUCCUAGGACAUACCAUGAGGUUACCAGCUACCUUCAGGAUAUUGCACCCGAUCUUUGUGAUCGAGUUGAGUUAUACAACAAAAGAAUUCCGAUCUUUGAUGAAUAUGGCAUUGAAGAAGAGAUUGAUAACAUGCUUAGUAAAAGAGUCCCGCUCGUUACUGGAGGCUCUUUAGUAAUUGAACAAACAGAGGCUUUAGUCUCCAUCGAUGUGAAUGGAGGACACGGAAUGCUUGGUCAAGAGAGUUCACAAGAAAGAGCUAUUCUUGAUGUCAACCUUGCAGCCGCAAAGCAAAUAGCAAGGGAGCUGCGCCUCAGGGAUAUAGGUGGCAUUAUCGUGGUGGAUUUCAUUGAUAUGGUUGAUGAUUCAAAUAAGAGGAUGGUCUAUGAAGAAAUAAAAAAAGCUGUUGAUAGGGACCGGUCAAUUGUGAAAGUCUCAGAGUUGUCUAGGCAUGGACUGAUGGAAAUAACGAGAAAGAGGGUUCGCCCUAGUGUAACGUUUAUGAUUAGUGAGCCAUGCAUUUGCUGCCAUGGUACUGGGCGGGUUGAGGCAUUGGAGACUUCCUUUUCAAAGAUUGAACAUGAAAUUUGUCGGCUACUCGCAUCAUCAAAUGUGAAGGGAAACCUAGAAAACCCGAAGUCUUGGCCGAGAUUUGUUCUGAUGGUGGAUCGUUACAUGUGCAACUACUUAACAUCAGGAAAAAGAACAAGACUUGCACUGUUGAGUAGUUCUCUGAAAGUAUGGCUUCUUUUAAAGGUUGCCAGAGGGUUUACGAGAGGUUCCUUUGAGGUGAAACCAUUUGUAGAGGAGAAGGAGAACACUAACCAGAACCGAGCUGCUGCCAUUUCCAGAUUACGACCAACGGAAGCUGGCACCAAAGUUACUUUAUUUCCGGUCAAAAAGUGGAAAUCUAGUCGCAAAUGAAGCUGCACAAUCAACUAAUUACUUCAUUUGUUUGUUGUACAGGUCUGGCUCGCUACACUUACUACUUUCUGUUCAAUGGUAGUAUUUUAGUCAACUCUUGAUAGUUAGUUCCCGAGUCACUGUGUUUGUAUUCUCAAUAGCCAGAGUUGUUAUUCUUACACAAUGGCAAAUAAAUGCAAUUUUGUUCUUGAAAGUCAUUUUCGUUUUUUAUGUCCAGAACUUCGUUUUUUAUGUCUAGAACUAGACAGGUUUAUUAGAGACCACAUCUGAGGGAGAGAGCAUGUAACAAACAGUUAAUUAGGUUCUGGCAGAACUGCCUUUCUUUGUUCUCAGUUGUUGUAAAGUAAAAGAAGUUCGGUAAUGUUUAUUGCUGUGGCCAGUUAAUUUCA